AAGUGGGACGCGCCGCGUAUAAAGUCUUGCGCGCGGGCUUGCACCUGGUGAUUGGUGUCCGUCUAACGAACCGCAUCGAAUCGUGCGCAACGCGUUCCGUCGUAUUUAUAUAAGUCCGGUGUUCAAAACACGAUCAAUCCGCCGUGUACCUGCAGUGAUUAUUGUUUAUAUUAUUGAUCGUCCGUUUUGUUUUCAAUUCUACUCGACUUCAUCGUCCGAACGUCGGUCGCCGCCAUGGAAGCUAAGGUACGUGAAACAGACGUUAUUAUUAUUACACUGUUGUCGUUUCGGAAACAAAAAGUUUUUUCGUUUUCUCGCUCCCUCGUCACUUCGUGUCGCAAGUUUUUUUUUUUUUUUUUUUUUCCCCCCCGAUGUCGUCGGACAUUUACACCGGUACCUAUCGUAUACACGGUCUCGAUCAAACAUUUUGUUUUUAUUUUCUGUUCUAAAGGUUUUGGCGAUUACGUUGUUGUUGAUCGUCGGCAGCUGCAGUGGCCAGUACGAAGCAGAAAGCCACCAGCACGACGACGGAUGUUCUCAUCCACCACAAUACGGACCCCAAAAGUCUGAAUCCGCGGUAGUCGCUUAUUCCUCGACGCCCAAACCAGCUUACUCCAAACCAGCCAGUUACGAAUCGCCCAGCUACUCAGCCGCGAGCUACUCGGCUCCAAGCGCACCCGCUGCGAGUUACUCAUCGUCGAGCUAUUCGUCUUCCAGCUUCUCCAAACCCGCCCCCAGUUACGCCGUUCCCGAACCCGUGUACGCGUCCCCAGCCGCUCCGAAAUACUCGGCACCGAGCUACUCUACCCCGGCCCCGAGCUACGCCGUCCCCGAACCCGUGUACGCAGCCCCGGCCGCUCCAAGCUACUCCGCUCCGAGCUAUUCCGCCCCGAGCUACUCCGCUCCUAGCUACUCCGCCCCGAGCUACUCCGCCCCGAGCUACUCCGCCCAGAGCUACGCAGUUCCCGAUCCGAGCUACGCGUCACCGAGCACGCCGAAAUACAAUUCGCCGAGCUAUAACACCAACUACAAACCCGCAAAGGCCGCCUACUCUGCCCAGUCGUACAAACCGGUCGUCUACACCACACCGAAAUACGAGGCUCCAGUAGAGUAUGUGUCCAGCACCACCGAAUAUACGCCACACAGUUACAAAGCUGAAUACAAACCGGCUGCACCAUAUUCGGUAACUACGCCAAAAUGUGAAGAUCCAGCUGAACACCAAUACGCCACCACUUCUGCCCCAUCGUACUCACCAGCACCAGCUUCUUACGCACAAAAACCCGCCUACUCUCCGGCUCCCGCAUACUCGUCUGCCAGUUACUCAAGUGCUGCCUCGUCGAGCUACGCCGCACCAAGUCCGUCUUACUCUCCGGCACCUGCCAGCUACUCUCAACCAAAAUACUCGGCACCCAGUUACUCUUCGUCUAGUUAUUCUUCAUCCAGCUUCUCCAAACCCGCCCCCAGUUACGCUGUUCCCGAACCCGCGUACGCAUCCCCAGCCGCCCCGAAAUACUCGGCAUCCAGCUAUUCUACCCCGGCCCCGAGCUACGCCGUUCCCGAACCCACGUACGCAUCACCGGCCGCCCCGAAAUACUCGGCGCCAAGCUACUCCGCGUCCAGCUACUCGUCGUCCAGCUUCUCCAAACCCGCUCCCAGUUACGCUGUUCCCGAACCCGCGUACGCGUCCCCAGCCGCCCCGAAAUACUCGGCACCCAGCUAUUCUACCCCAGCCCCGAGUUACGCUGUUCCCGAACCCGUCUACGCUUCUCCGCCCAAGUACUCUGCUCCCGCCCCAGCCCCCAAAUACCAGUCGCCGAGCUACAACUCGUACUCGAGCGGCAGCAGCCACAAGAGCUCCGAAUCCAAGACCAUAGCUUACUCGACCCCGUCGAGCUACGUGGCUGUGUCACCGGCUAAGUGUGCAGAGGAUAUCGAAUACGCAACCAAAGCCCCGUCGUCCUACGCCAAACCGUCGUACUCGACCGCAGCACCGGCCGCGUACACCGCGCCGAAAAAAUCAUACUCGUCGUCUCCGAUCGCGGUGUACCCUGCGCCGGCCGCUUCCUACGGUCCGGCUCCCGAAUACUCCGCCGAACCGAGCUACCCGUCUCCGUCAUACGCUCCAGCGGCUCUGAGCUACUCGUCCGGUCCGGCUUACCAGCCCGCAGCCCCGGCAUACGCCCCCGCAGCCCCGGCAUACGCCCCCGCCGCACCGGCAUACGCGCCCGCCGCACCCGCAUACGCCCCGGCCGCCCCCGCGUACUCGCCAGCCGCCCCGUCGUACGCGCCGGCCAAGACCUACGCUAGCUACGUGUCGGAGCCCAAAUCGACCAAGAACGUCGUCAACACGCAUUUGGAAAAUUACGUAAGUAUCAUAACGAAUAACUGUCGUAAUAGUAUUCGGGCGAAAAAUUAAAUUUUACAUUAUCAUUGGGCAAUCGUAGAAAAGAAACGCGUAACGCGAAUGACGCGCAUAACCGCGAACAACGGUUGUUCCGGCGCGUCUAUAGCGGCGCACGAGCGUAGGACAACCGCGCGCGUUUUCCCGCUCGGCUUUUCGCCCGCAAACUAACCGUCUCGUUAGGAUGUCGCAAAAAUCCCGUGACCCAGCACAAUGUUCCUAACCCAACCAUUGUAUUCGCACGUAACAUUCGUCGUUUUUGUUUGCACACGACAGGACGAAAACCCGAGGUACGCCUACGAGUACAGCGUAGACGAUUCGUACACCGGCGACAAGAAGAGCCAAAAAGAAGAACGAGACGGCGAGGUGGUGAAAGGAGAGUACAGCCUUGUCGAGCCCGACGGUUCCAUCAGAACGGUCACGUACUACGCCGACUGGGACAACGGAUUUUUCGCUAACGUAUCCAAGACACCGGCCGCCGGAGCGCCAGCGGCUCCCGCUAAAUACUAACGGUUUUCCCCGUUACGCCGUCCGUUUUCUUCUCCCGUCAUUCUCGGUCAUCGAUAAAAAAUAAAAUGCAAAACAAACAAAAACCGCUCGGCAUUGUUUCCCCGUGCCGCGACGCGUAUCACGCGAAAAUAAUAUAAUCCGGCGAAAAACGCGCCAAGAAACUCGCCGAUUGUAUUAUUAUUUACGCGAUCUCGCGGUCGGGGAAACUAUCCGAUCGAAAAUUUUCCAAUGUCGCGCGACGCCUCCGUAUGAAUACGUUUUUUUUUUCCGAUUCGUAACGGACGGCGUCAAGCGAAAAACUCAACGGUCGAACGAUCAAAAAAUAGUAAUCAUAUAAUAUUGUCGUGUUCGUAUUUUUAACAACGGCAAAACGACAGAAAUCAACGAAAAUAUAUCGUCGGACACGAUAUCGCAAAAAUAUAAUCGUACGUUCUUCCUAGUUCUUUAUCGCUUAAUAUAUUUUUUUUUUUUUUGUAUUGUAUAUAUUAUAUUUUAUACUUUUCGACGUAUAUAAUAUUAUUGUAUUAAUUGUAUUUUAUUAAUGUGUGUAAAUUUGUAUUUUUUUAAAAACAUAUAUUUUUUUUUUUUGCGCGCGCGCGUGUGUGUGUGCGUGUAAUACUUCCAUUGUCAUUGUCACCGUUCUAUACAAAUUAUGUAUACUUCUUGAUUAUUAUGUAUUAUGUAUUUUUUUUUUUUAUACAUACAAAUAUAUACAUAUAGUAUUAUUGUUUUGUUUUUAUUAUCUUUUGCGAGCACG